AUGGGAUACGAAUCAAAAACAGCGUGGAGCGUCGUCGAAGGGAAUACCUCACCAUUUCUCGACUGGAUGCCGGCGGUGUCCUCAACGUCGGCAGCGGGGAAGAAGCUCCUACAACGAACCAUGUUUGGAUUGGUUCCAAGCUUUAUACAACGCAGAAUCCGACCGCUUGCUACAAACCAACAGAGACUACAUCGGACGUCAUAUCUCGAUGGACUGCGAGGGGUAGCGUCGUUCGUAGUGUUUAUGGGUCAUUAUACAGAGGAGAACUUGGGCUGGUACACAGAAGCAUACGGACUACAUGAAGACGGCGCUACAUCAUCGCCACUCCAGCUACCCAUCAUUCGAGUCUUAUAUUCAGCACGGCCUAUGGUACAUAUUUUCUUCAUCAUAUCUGGUUAUGUAUUGGCCUAUAAACCUCUCAUGCAGACUCAUUCUCAGCAAUACUCAGCACUCGCUCACACGCUCUCGUCGUCAAUAUUUCGACGUGCCCUUCGGCUUUUCCUGCCUUCACUCAUCACUUUGUUUUUCAUGGCUGUGGCCGUAUACUCUGGGCUUUCGGACGCCAGAUAUGCACCGCAAUUUCCUCGCCUUUCUUCGCAGUUACAACACUGGUGGUUGUCAUGUUGGGAUCUCAGCGUGGUCGUGUGGUUAAAUGGUAUAGAGCCCUUUAUUCCGGCAUAUAAUCCUGCGCUAUGGACAAUUCCGGUGGAAUUCACCCAAUCCUUACUCCUCUUCGCCGUUCUCCUCGGCCUGUCCCGGUGUAUUGUUAAUGUUCGGCUCCUCCUACUUGCGGGGAUCGUUGCAUUUUGUUUCUACAGCGGCCAACUAUAUUCGGUCGAAUUCCUGGGCGGGAUGUUCAUCGCCGAAAUUUCUCUCCUUAACGACCGCUCACCUUCGCCAACUUCAAGCCCGACACUCCCAAAAUACUCGCUCUACGACGAAAAUGAGAAACCGAAAUGCGGGAAAUCCAUCAAGAAGACAGCGAUGCAAGCAUUCUGCGUCGCCAGCCUGGUAUGCGGGCUCUUUAUUGCUUCCUGGACGAACAACUACCCCGAAGAGGUCUGGGGAAUACAAUUUCUAAAUGCACACCCGCCUAAACCUUACGAAGGCCAGCGGGUAUGGUUCUGCUUAGGUGCCUUCCAGAUUGUGCUGGCCUGUACACAGCUCCAAUAUUUGAAGGAUAUCUUCAACACCCCCAUCGCUCAGUACUUGGGAAAUAUAUCCUAUGCCUUAUAUCUCACCCACAAUCUGUGUCUCAGGGCACUUGAACCCCGAGUUGCUCCACGUAUAGAACGAUGGUUCGGUAAGACUACAUCGACGGGGAGGCACUUGAACUGGGUAUUUGGGCUGGUGAUAUACCUCCCCAUUAUCAUUUGGGUGGCAGAUGUAUUCUGGAGAGUGGUGGAUACCCCGAGUGUGAAAUUCGCAAAAUGGCUAGAGAGUAAAUGCAUUGCUGAGGUCGAGAAGAUGCCGUGA